AUGGCUCAAGGCAUGGAAAAAUUGUUCGAUGCCACCCAGUGCCCCGAUAAGUGGAAAGUUAACUUUGCAGUCUUUUAUCUGAAAGGACAAGCUGAUCUUUGGUGGAAAACUGCCAAGGAAAUGCAACAGCAACCUGGAUUCGGAUGGGAACAUCUAAAGGAGGCCAUGCGCAACCAGUUUUAUCCUCAGUCAUUGCAACUCCAAAUGGAGUCGGAGUUUAUUCAUCUAAAACAAAGGAAUAUGACAGUCUUGGAGUAUGCGGUGAAAUUCAAUGAACUUGCUCGAUUCGCUCCAGACUUGGUUUCCACUGAUCGCCAACGAAUGAAUCGUUUCGAAGGAGGUCUAAACGUUGACCUUCAGGAGAAACUAGCAGCACAUAUGAGCAAAUCCUAUCAGGAAUUGUAUGAUAGGGCCAUCAAUGUCGAACGCAAGACGAAACUUAGAAAGGAGGUGUUUGAGAAUGGUAAGAGGAAAGGAAAACCUCAAGAAGGCCAAUCAAGCAACAUUUUCCACAAGAAGUUGAAUACUGGUUACGUGGAGGAGAAUCGUAAUCAAAACAAGUUCCUCGGUGCAACAAGUGUAACAAGCAAGGCCAUUGGGCAAGGGACUGUCGUAAAGGCACCGACCAAUGUUAUCGAUGUGGUAAACAAGGCCAUAUAG